GCGGAGAGGCGCGGGGUGAGCGCGGGCGGGCGCGGCGCGAUGUGAGCGGGGCGGCGGGCAGCGGGCGGCCAUGCGCUUCUGAGCCGCGCAGGAUGUUCGGGCUGGAGCAGUUCGAGCCGCAGAUGAGCAGCCGGAGCGGCGGGCAGGGGGAGCGCGGCUUCGGGCAGCCCGGACUGAGCAUGAGCGCGCACUUCAAGGCGCCGGCCUUCCCCGGCGGCGGCCCGGCGGCCGCGGUGGACCCGGCCCUGGGCGCGCUGGGCGAGCCGCCCCUCCUCGGCAUGAACAUGAGCCUGCCCGGCGACGGCUACGGCUUCCCGGGCCGCGGCCCCGCCGAGCUGCACGGCGCCGGCAUGCAGCCGCCCGUGCACGGCUUCUUCGGCGGGCAGCAGCCGCACGGCGGCCACGGCGGCGCGCACCACCCGCACCAGCACCAGCACCAGCCGCACUUCGGCGGCAACUUCGGGCCCGACCCCGGCGCCUCCUGCGUGCACGGCGGCCGCCUCCUGGGCUACAGCGGCGCGCUGGGCGGGCAGACGGCGUUCGCCGACGGCUACGAGCACAUGGCCGAGAGCCAGGGCGCCGAGAGCUUCGGACAGCAGCGCGCCGGGAACCUGCCCGACUUCCAGCAGCACAGCGCCGGCGCCUCCGGACACGCCGUGCCGGCGCCCUGCCUGCCCCUCGACCAGUCCCCCAACCGCGCCGCCUCCUUCCACGGGCUGCCGGCGGCCGGCUCCUCCGAGCCCCACGGCCUGGAGCAGCGGCGGCUCCCCGCGCAGGACUCGCUGGAAUACAAUUACCCCGGCGACGGCCCCGCCGCGCACUUCGAGCUGCCCGUCUUCUCGCCGUCGGAGCCCGAGGGGCAGCUGCCGCACUACGGCGGCGGGCGGCAGGUGCCGGCGGGCGGCGGCUUCGCGGGGACGGCGCUGCCCCGGGCGCCGGGCAUGGCCGUGGCCAAGGCGCAGCCCCCGCCGCCUCCGCCGCCGCCGCCGCCGCAGCAGCAGCAGCAGCAGCACGGCGUUUUCUUCGAGCGCUUCGGGGGAGCGCGGAAGAUGCCCGCCAGCCUGGAGCCGGGGGCCAGCGCCAGGCACCCGCUGAUGCAGCAGCAGCAGCCGCAGCAGCCGCCGGGCUUGCUGGCCAGACAGAACUCCUGCCCGCCGGCCAUCCCUAGGCAACAGCAAACAGAAGCCAACGCUCCCAACCCCAACUUGCAGGACAAUGGGCCGAUAAUGCAGAACCAGCAUGCACAGUUUGAAUACCCUAUUCACAGACUGGAGAACAGGAAUAUGCAUCCCUACGCCGACCCCGUGUUUAAUAUGCAGCACCCUCCUCCGCAACAGCCACCAAAUCAAAGACUGCAGCACUUCGAUGCCCCCUACGUGAGCGUCGCCAAGCGGCCGCGCUUCGACUUCCCCAGCAACCCCGGCGUCGAGCGCUGCGCCUCCUGGGCCGGCGGCAUGCACGGCCCCGCCAUGGAGAGCCACCUCUCCCCGACGGCCUACCCGGGGCUGCCGGGCGACUUCACCCCACCGGCGCCCGACGCCUUCGGGGGUCCGCUGCCGCACGGCGGCCCCGAGCACCCGGCGCUGGCGCAGCGCCAGAACGCGGCCCUGGUGAUGAAGCAGAUGGCCUCGCGCAGCCAGCAGCGCCUGCGGCCGCCCAGCCUGCAGCAGCUGGGGCACCACGGCGAGGUGGGCCCUCCCGGCGGCCUGCCGCCGCCCAGCUUCGAGCGCGAGGCCGCCGCCGCCCGCGGCUUCGACGCUCCCGCACCGCACCUGGCUCCCGACGGCACGUGGUUCGCGGGGCCGCCGCCGCCCGGGGAGCUGCUGCCGCGACGCAUGGCGGGGCCGGGGCUCCCGGCCGAGACGGCCCCUCACGAGCUGGGCCUGCAGCCGGGCGGCGCGGCCGUGCUCUUCCGGCCGGGUGCCGGUGCGCUGGGGCUGCAGGAGCCGCUGCGGAUGGCGGGUGAAGGCCCAGCGCAGGCCCUGCCCUCGCCCGGCGUCCACCCGCCCUUCGCGCCCACCAUGGGCGGCCUCUCGCAGCUGCAGUCCCCGGGCGGCGGCGUGGCCCUUCCCAGCGCUCCGGCCGAGCGCCGCGGCCCCGCUGACUUUGCGGCCCAGCCCGGCUUCCCCUUUGGGGCAGCGGCGCGGCAGCCCCCGGCCCACGGGAACGCGCCCGCCCUCAGCGCCUCGCCCGGGGCCUACCCGCCGCCCCCGCCCGAGUUCCCCCCGCCGCCACCGCCGCGGCCUGCCGCCAGCAAGCUGGGCGCGCUGUCGCUGGGCUCCUUCAGCAAGCCGGCCGGCAAGGACAACGUCUUCGGACAAAGCUGCCUGGCCGCCCUCUCCACCGCCUGCCAGAACAUGAUCGCCAGCCUGGGCGCCCCCAACCUCAACGUCACCUUCAACAAGAAGAGCCCGGCCGAGGCCAAGCGCAAGCUGAGCCAGGCUGAGCCCGACCCGCCGCCGCCCGCCGCCCCGGACUACUUCCCGGCGGGGCCGACGGCGGGUGGGGGCGCGGGCAAGGCCGCCCCGCUGCUGCCCGCUGAGAGCAGCCUCUCACCCGGCUUCGCGCUGGAGCCGGCGGCUGGCGGUGAGGGGAAGGCGGGCGGCGGGCGGGGGCGGGGCCGCCGGAAACGGGACAGUGGGCACGUCAGCCCCGGCACCUUCUUUGAGAAGUUCUCGGCCGCAGAGGGCGGCGGGGCGGGCGUCAGCCCAGGGCAACCUGCGCCUCCGGCCGCGGGGGGCCCGCCGGGGCCUGCGGGCGCGGAGCGCGGCGGGGGCACGCCCCAUGACAAGCCCCUGACUUCACCCUCCUGGGGCAAGGGCGGCGAGCUGCUGCUGGGCGAGCAGCCCGACCUCAUGUCCUCGCUGGACAGCGGCAUCCAGAGCGUGACCAAGUCGGACGGCAGCUCCCCGCACGUGGACUUUGCCGACGAGGUCAGCACCAGCUACGGCAACGAAGACGAGGUGUCCUCCAGCUCCGACAACGCCGGCCCCAAGCCCACGCGCAGCCCGCUGCUGGGCGGCUCGCCCAAGCUGCCCCGCGGGGAGCACGCGCUGCUCAACGGACAGAAGCCCCUGGCCCUUGGCCUCCUCAAUACAUCUACCUCGACCCCCGACAGCUACGGGCUCAGCAGCACGGCGGGCGCGCACCCCGGCACGCCGGGCAUGGAGCAGGUGCGGACCCCCACCAGCACCUCAGCCCAGGACGAGAUCCACCCCCUGGAGAUCCUGCAGGCGCAGAUCCAGCUCCAGCGGCAGCAGUUCAGCAUCUCGGAAGACCAACCCUUGGGGCUGAAGAGCAAAAAGGGGGAGUGCGCGGGGCAGAAUGGGGACAGUGACCUGGGCGGGUGUUGCUCGGAGGGCGUCAAGAGCGCUAUGAGCACCAUCGACCUGGACUCCCUGAUGGCGGAGCACAACUCCACCUGGUACCUGCCCGGUGAGAAGGCCCUGAUGGAGGGGCAGGAGGAGGACAAGCCCAUGGCGCCGUGGGAGAAGCCCAAGCCCCCGAACCCCAGCAAAGAAGCCCACGACCUUCCCCCGAGCAAGACGUCGGCCGCGGCGCAGACUGGCAGCCACUUGCAGUGCCUCUCGGUGCACUGCACGGACGACGUGGGCGAGGCGAAGGGCCGGACUGCGGUGCCGACAUGGAGGUCCCUGCACUCGGACAUCUCCAACAGAUUUGGGACUUUUGUGGCCGCCCUGACUUGAACAAAAGAAAUUAUUUUUUUUCUCUUUUUAAUUUCAAAGGGCCGCUACUGCUAGGUGGACUAUUUUUCUAGGUUGGUACCUGCUUAGUGGCAUAUGGACUGGAAAGGGUUAAUUUAAAGUAAACCUCAACUUUUUUUUAAUCUUCUGCCACAGUAUGUUACCAGUGUUAACCCUUCUGCAGUUAGCACACUUUUGCUUAAGAUUUUCCUGCUAGACCACUUUUUCCCAUUAUUCUGUAAUCUUGGCAUACAUUUAUAGAUGAAGCCUUUUCCUUUUUCAUCUCAGCGUAUGUCCAAGUCACGUAUGUCAUAAUAAGACAAAGAUGCUACUUCUCCUCCUCCUCCUUUUCUUCUUCAUGGCUUUUUUUUUUUUUUUUUCCCCUUGUUUUGUUUUGUUUUGCUUUGCUCAGUGCUUAUUACGAUGGUUAAUCCUGAAGAACAGCAGUUCAGGAAUAAACACCGGUUAAAUGAAAUUGUCAUCAUUAUGUUAUGUAUUGACACCCAGCUUUUGCCAGUCACAUACAAACCAAACGAUGAAUGCUCUCUCCAACGUUCAGGCAGCGAUCCUUUCCUCAGAAAAUUAAGGCUUGUUAUGAAUAAUGCUCAACCUGCACCUCCCUCCCUCGUUUGCUCCCCAUCUCUCUGUGAGGCGAGGACAGGGGUUUGUUUGUUUGCCUUUGUGAAACACAGAUACGAAGCUCUGUCAUGACCGGGCUGGUUCAGGCAUGGCCUGGGAAGGUACACAGAAGAUUCCCUAAAUAGCUCUAACAGGAAGUUUACCUAAUAACGAAUAGUCAUUAUCUGCUCCACCAAACACCCAGGUUGCAGCAGCGUUUUCUUCCUCUGCCUCUCACUUUAAGGAGCAAGGGGUGCGCGUGCUCGUCAGCGUGGUGUGCAGCCUUAUGCGUUCCUGGUGGUGUUCCGGGAGCUGUCAUUUUAUUUUAUAACUGCUGGAGAAAAUAACAAUCCCCCAAAGGCACCGAGCCCCUUCUGCAUUGCUCAUAGCCUGCAGAGCAGCGUCCCGACCCCACGAGCGUGCUCAGCUGCAGUGCCCUCUGCGAGGUUGGGGCUGGGCCCAGCAUCCAGCUGGUGUUUCCAAAGCCACUGCGAGGCUGCACUGUAGCACAGCUCCCAUUUUCCCUCUGUUGUAGCUGAAGAAAGAUGCUGUUGAUCAGAGGUGUGAUGCUCUUGUCCGUGGGGGCCACCCUAGCUCCCGUGGCAGCUGUUUCGUUGUGGUCACAGCAGGUGGGUGGUGGGAGACAGCCUGCACCAAGGGGCUGUGUGCUCAAGGUCAGCGUUUCCUGAUCUGCCAGCACGGGGAGACCCCAGGUUAGACCCUUCCAAACUUAGUCUGGGCUCCGUUUUUGCCAUGCAUGUGAAGAACGCUGUUAUUAGAUGAACACAAUAAAAGGAAAACCACGCUUUCCUGGUCUUGGUAGAUAAUACUCGUUGGAGAAGAAAGCUGGAAGCAAACCAGAUAAAAGCACAAAUGACACGAUGAUCUGACACUGCUGUGGUUUUACGUAAGGCUGUCUAUUAUUUGCAUAUCCUCUGUUUACAAGGAGUGUGAGCAGUCCCACCCUUGCUCAGGCCAGCCUGGCUUCCUCUGCUCCCCGAAGCUCGGUAACGUCGCCAGGGAGUUACGUUUUUGCUAUGAAAUAAGAGUCGGCCUCUCUAGGGUUAUUUAUUACUUCUCUCAUGAAUUCACAAAAUGUGUCCCUUCUCAGGGGAUGGAAUUUGAAGACUGCUUUGUAUUUUUAGAUGAUUGUGCUGGGCCUUUAAUUAUUUUGAAGUCUGGUUCUCAGUAGACAUCAGUGGGGAGGGAAUUCUGCCUACAAUGCUAAUGGCCACAGCACUGUCUGAAGUUCUCACUCUUGAUCAUAUACGGCUUCAGAAUGAUUCACAGUGUUUUAGAAGGCAGGAUUUCUCUCUUGUUAUUUGAAUGUGCUCUUAUUAACCAUGCAUGGAUUGAUUUCCCGUUAUGGUUGUGGUCAGUGACUUGACUUUGGAAAAAAUGGAGGGUUUGGGACCUUGAUUUUUAAUAUUACUUUUCAUUGAAGCUGGAGCUGUCCCUAGGGUGAGGAUUUUUGCCUAUCCUGAAGGAAUUGACUGGAGCCACCUCACACCCACUUGGUUUGGAACAAAAAGAUGUGAUAUUUUGUACCUUUUACAGGUGGAUGCUACUGAAAGUUUGGAGCUUUGCCCUGGGCCUGCAAUAAAAUAUCACUGUCCCCUCUAAAAUAUCUCCAGGUAGAGUAACAGUGAUCAGUGGCCACUCUGGAAGAUGUUUCUUUGCCGGUGAUUUGUUAAGUCCCAGUUCACCAAAAUAUGUGUUUAACUUUAAAUGCAGUCUAGCUAAGCACUUAAGGAUAUGCUGAUCUGAGUGGGACUGCUGUAUGCAGUGAAGCGUGGGGUGAGUGCUUCGGUGGAUUAGGGCCUCAGUUCUCAUCUUUUCAUUUCGGCUUGUACUUGUUCAAGCUAGGUGUGUCUUGGAAUGAACCCAGCAAAGCACAUGCCUGGACAUAGGAUACUGUCUUUCAGCACUUACAGCUGAAAAUUUAGGAAGAGUUCAUGGUCUGAUGGCAUUCCUGUACCAUCGCUCAGGCCUGAUGGCUUGCUUCUUUGUUUUGAGUUUUUCCUGCUGCAUUCAGGAGAACAGGUUUUUCAGGCUUCCUCGGGUCAGGGAUGCACACCCUGUGCUACCAGGAAGAGCCCUUUCAGUGAAUGCUGGAUCAAACGCUUCAAAUGUCUUUUAAAGAGAAAUCCUCCUGUAAGCAGAAAUGCAUUGAUUCCAUUGGUCUUCAGCAUCCUUCCUUUCUGGUUUGCUCUCUGCAGCUCUCCUUCUAUCCUGGAGUUGUUCUCAUUCCCUGGGGACUUAUUUUUCCACUUGCUUGUAGGAAUAUAAAUUGGAAACGAGCCCAUAAAAACAGCAGAAUUCUGAGUGUUUUAAAUCACAAGCAAUGAGGAGAGGAUGGGGUCCCUGCACCGGGGCCGUUCCAUCAGCCCGCCCGCUGCGUGCUGGGGCUGUGCAGGGAGCUGCAAGAGGAUAGGAUUUGUAGGUAGCGAGGAGUUAGGAAGAGUGGUCGGCCUUCCUCUGGGCCUCACUGUCCGUAUUGUUUUGCUAAAUACUGUGGUUACGUGCAGUCCUUUUCCUAGGCUUCUAUACUUCCAGUCUUGCUAGAUUCAAGUGACAUUACCGACAGAGCAAAAGGAGAAGGUGGCAGCUCUACUGGGGCAGCUGUCAGCAGUGCCCGUGCUGGUGUGUGCUUCUAUGGUUUUGCUUCUUGCCAAAGAUCAGAACAGAAACGGUACAACAGGACAAGGAUAAUUCCUUGCCCAUAGCCUGGUGUGUUUGGUACAGACAGCACACGCUGGAGCUCUGUCACAAAGCUUGUUUUGCCUGUGGUAAUUUUACUGUUCUCAUUUUCUCCAUUAAUUUGACACUGAAUGCACUCUUUUUUUUUUUUUCUUUUAACAUAUAUAAAAUAUCAGCAUAGCUAAAAUAAUGGCCUCAUAUUUAAGAGGGCUGCUCUGAAAGUAAUGCCUCCAGUUUUAUAAUGUUGGCCCAUGCUAUCAGAAGUGAAUGUUGGUGGUAGGGCAGGAGAAGUUGAACCUUCCCACCAAUAUCCCGUUAAUUCUGUUGCCGUGUGACAGAUGGCAGCAGAGGGGCAGUCUGACAAAUGACGUCUGACAUGGAAGUGCAUAUAAAGCAAAGGUGUGGGAUGGAAUUCCUCCAUGAGGAAAAAAUGGCCCCCAGUUGACAUUCAUAGACGCUUGCUGAACAUUGAUGGAGGCCCAGCAGUGGAUGUGAGCACAGUGAGGGGUGGGUGGUGAGUUUCAGCUGUGCCGGGUGGUCACCUCCACUGGUGAUGAGAUGUUGAUGAGCGUAGCAUGCAGCUUGUUCAUCGCUAGCAAAUGCAUACAGCAAAUGGUGGUGCCCAUGUUGAAAAAUAGCAUUUUGAAGUUGAGAAUUUGCUCCAUCAGACAGUGUUAUUGUACUCUUUGUAUCUGUUGUAGUUUCCAUGGGAAUAAAUAGGAGGCGUUACUUUCAGAGCAGCCUUUGUAUUCCGGGAAAUCUUUCCUGCCUUGCCUGUCAUCUUCAGUUCUCGCACAGACCCGUGCUGUAGGAGCUGCUUGAGGUGGGAGGUUGGCAGCUGCCCGUCAUCUGGUUCUGGGCCUUGGAGGCUCCACUUCCUCCUGGCCCUGUUUGCUGAUCCUUUUUGGUGUAUGUCAAAAGAAAAUCUGUACUUAAAGCAUAGUUGCAAAUUGAGAAAUACAUCUUUUGCAUUUAAAUUGUGAGGCGUGAUAUCUUUUUGCCCCCAAAAAAGGAACAGAAUAGGCCUCAUUUGUCAAAUACUCCCAAGAAUUUUCUCCAGACCAUUUUUUCAUGGGGUUAAUAGUUCUCUGCUAUUCUAGUUCAGUUGUUAGAGCCUCAGCGAGAGAGGGUUUAGGCUCAUUUUUGUUUCGUUCCGGGGAAUUUCAUCAAAAAGGUCAGGUUCUCAUUGUGUGGUUUGAGUGGAAAGGGAUGAACGCCGAAGCCAUGUCAUCCGGGUCAUUCUGAGGGCCUUUCUCAGACUCUACUUUCACAUGUGGUCACUCUGAGGCUGGUUGGCCCUUCCGAAGCAGGAAAUCAAUCCGACAGCUUCCAGGCACCACCAGCAAGGCCAAAUGUGGGCACCUUUCCUCAAGAAGGGAGACGUGGUGUGACCACAGGUCAUGGGAGGCUGAAGCAUGGCGCGUUGGCUCCGCUGUUGGGAGGGAGGGAGGA